AUGUCUCUUAUACAGAAGAUCAAGUCUGCAGGGUGUUCAACGUAUAAGGAGCUGUCUAAGAAGUACAAAGAGAUUGUCUUGACCGCAUUACACCGACCCAGCUGCACAAGAGUGGACUUAAUUUUCGACCAAUAUCCCUCUGUUUCAGUGAAGGCUGACGAACGCACAAAGAGAGGGGAAUCAAGCUCCCUAGAAGUAAUCAUCCACAGUGGAUCAACGCGAGUUCCGAAGCAAUGGGCGAAAUACAUUUCAAAACCGAAGAACAAAGAAAACCUGGCCGAUUUUCUUUGUGAAACUUUAAGUGAACAGCUACAACAACGUUUAAGCUCGUCGGAAAAGGUCGUCUUGGCUGGCGGAGUUAGGGACGGAUCAAAGACAGUGUCGUUAACUCAAAGCUCAGUGGCUGUUGAGCAUAAUCUACGCUCAGAUCACGAAGAAGCGGACACCAGGCUUCUGCUUCAUGCCAAACAUGCUGCCAACACCCACCCAAGGAUUGUGAUACAAUCACCAGACACCGAUGUCGCUGUGCUUUCAAUAGCACACUUUGAAGAUUUGUCGUGCCAAGAGUUAUGGUUUAAAACUGGUGUAAAGGACAGACAGCGAUACAUGACCAUCCAUGACAUUCACCUUUCCUUUGGCCGACUUUCUUCCAAGUGUCUGCUAUCGUUUCACGCGCUGACAGGAUGUGACUCCACCAGUGCCUUGUCUGGAAUAGGAAAGAAGAAAGCCUGGAAUGUGCUGCUCAAGAAUGAGCAGAUACAGUAGGACCUCAGCAAUUUUGGUAAAAAUCCGGUCAUUGAAGAGUUUGAACAGAAAGUCGCUGAAUCUUUCAUCUGCUCCAUUUACACGUCAGCACAAGAAUUUUUGAAUUCUAAUGAUGCCCGAUACUUUCUGUUUUGUCAACGAAGUUUGAAGAGUGAAGAACUCCCUCCCAUAUCAGAAAGCCUUUCUCAUCACAUCAAGAGAGCAAAUUUCCAAGCAUGUGUUUGGAACAGAGCCUUACAUCCAUUUCAAAGCAUGCCCUCGCCAGCAGGAAAUGGUUGGAAAUUGGAAGAUGGAAAGUUAGUUCCUGUGUUGAUGACACGAAAUCCCGCCCCAGAAGGCAUAGUGGAGUUGACAACAUGCCGCUGCACAACUUCCGAGUGUAAACGGAAUUGUUCCUGCAAGAGAAAUGACCUUGCAUGUACCGAAGCUUGUUUAUGCAUGGCCGACGAAGGAUGCAGCAACCCUUUCGACGAAGAAUCCUAUGUCUACGGUGACCCCAGUGACUCCGAGACUGAAUGA